AAAGAGAGAGAGAGAGAGAGAGAGUGAAGAAGGUUUAGUGGAAGGAAUUGAAAGAAGGGAUAAGUAGGAAAAAAUAAAAAAAUAAAUGAUGGAUUACGGUGAACAUGAAGAGCAGGAAGAGGAGAUAGAGGGGGGAUUAGCAGUAUCGGCGAGCUACGAAUCGCUGGGGAACAAAUCGAUACCUAAAAUGGGAAGCGCAGGUGUUGGGGAGGCUGUGUCGUCCGGGAGGAAAACAGCGAGCAGGUACCGAGAGUGCUUGAAGAAUCACGCCGUCGGCAUCGGUGGCCACGCCGUAGACGGAUGUGGUGAGUUCAUGCCUGCAGGAGAGGAGGGAACCCUCGACGCCCUAAAAUGUGCCGCUUGCAACUGCCACCGCAACUUCCAUCGCAAAGAAACGGACGGAGGUCUCUACCAUCCCCAAUUUCAUCCCUAUUACCGUACACCGACGGGAUAUCUGACGGUGGCGCCACAUCAUCGGCAGCUGGCACUGCCAUCGACGUCUGGAGGUGGAGGGCAUAGCAGGGAGGACCAGGAGGAUAUGUCGAAUCCCAGCGGUGGAAGCGGUGGUGGUGGUGGUGGGGGUUCAAAGAAACGGUUCAGAACGAAGUUCACGCAGGAGCAGAAGGAUAAGAUGCUGGCUUUCGCGGAGAAGCUAGGGUGGAGGAUUCAGAAGCACGACGAUGCCGCCGUGCAGCAGUUUUGUAACGAGACAUGUGUUAAGCGCCACGUUCUCAAGGUUUGGAUGCACAACAACAAACACACUCUGGGAACAAGAAGGCCGGAGAACAACACUACACACCAGUACCAACAAGAAGAAGAAGAAGAAGAAGAAGAAGUAGUAGGCGGACGGGAAAUUCUAUAAAGAAUUUAUCUACCUUUGCUCACUUGAGAUGAAUGAAUGUUAGUUGGGCUUCGUCCU